AUGAUCUUUUUGCUGAAGACCCGUUACCUUAGCUUAGAUGGUCAGCAAAAACGCAGCGGGCGCAGUCGGAGGGAAUACACCGCGGCGGGUGGACGCAACAUGUACCCACGUUACAUAAUUACCUUUUUGGCUAUAGCCUGCAUAUCUGCGGGUGCAAAGCCCGUCAGGAGAACUCUGAACUUCAAUAUGUUCGUAUUGAAGCCGAGACAGGGUGAACCGGAGCGGUCUUUAUUGGCGACGGAAGGUCUAUCGCGAUUCGGACCUGUUCUGGAGUAUAUAGUCCAGCGAAUGCAAGGGAUGAUGUCUGUACGCCUGCCACCAGAUUCUGGAUACUAUACUGAUAAGGAACCGAUAGCUGAUGCUGCUGAAAAUGAAGUUGAUCACGAGAGAAUGCCGGGAGUGCCCGGCGUGGUCGUUAGGCCGUCGCAGACGAAGCCAGGGACAUACGAGGUGGAAAUCGACGUGGUGGUAGAUGAUGGAAAGCCCCAGUGA